AUGAACAGUUCUCCAGCUCUGCUCAUCGGCCUAUGCGCCUUGAUACUCUGGCUCACCCAAUGGCUAGUCCACAGCCGGAGGUCGCCUCUGCCUCCGGGACCCAAAACAUGGCCAUUGGUAGGCAACCUCCUUGAUGUACCAAAGGCACACCCGUGGCUCGUGUAUGAUGGCUGGGCUAAGCAAUACGGUGAUAUAUUGUCCCUGAAUGUCAUGGGUCGGACAAUUAUUAUUCUCAACUCCUCACAAGCUACCCAGGACCUGUUCGAGAAAGACGCGUCCGUAUACUCGGACCGUCCGCACAGCGUCGUUAUCAAUGAACUGAUGGAGUUCCCCCGAGUGAUGGGAGUCAGCCAUUACGGCGAACAUUGGCGCAGACAACGGAGGGCAUUUCAUCAGAUGUUCUCUCCGUCCAUGGUGGAGAAAUAUCAACCCGUCACGAUCCGCGAAAGCCGUAAGAUGGUACAACGACUGUUGGCGGAUCCUGACCACUUCCAAAGCCAUAUUCGCCUGGCCCUUGGAGCUGCCAUGAUGGAGGUGACCUACGGUAUUCGUGUCUCUGGGUGGGAUGACAGGUACCUCUCCACGGCCGAGAGAGUAGCGCGUCAUUUCAUGGAAGCUCUGGUCCCUGUAGCAUUCUUAGUCGAGCGGAUCCCAUUUCUUAAAUACGUUCCUGCGUGGUUCCCGUUCGCCGGCUUCCGAAGGAAGAUGGCAAAGUGGAGAGAAGAUGUCCAGGUUGCAUUCCGUGAUCCGUAUGAGUACGUGAAGGAAUCGAUGGGUCGAGGCGGAACAUCGGCACUCGCCGCUCUUUUAGUCAAGUCUCAGGAUGCAAAGGAACCCCAGGAAGAGGAUAUUGCAGCACAAUACGCCAUGGCAUCAGUGUACAUAGACAUCACGACAGCCGGGGUGGAUACGACAAUCUCAGCAAUUCACAGUUUCCUUCUGGCUAUGAUGCUGUAUCCCGACAAGCAAAAGGCUGCUCAGGCAGAACUGGACCGCGUAGCGGGAGACAACGGACUCCCGGAUUCCAACGAUCGUACGAACCUUCCAUAUGUCAAAGCUGUCAUGACCGAGGUUCUACGGUGGAGGCCUCCUGUACCACUAGCAUUGCCGCAUACCUCUUCGUGCGAAGGCGUAUAUAAGGGGUACCACAUUCCUGCCGGUUCUACGAUUUUUGCCAAUGCACGGUCCAUACUGCACGAUCCCCUUGUAUACCCAGAGCCCGAUGAGUUUAUACCGGAGCGUUUUAUUACCAACGCUGCUCUGGAUCUCAAGGGUAAAGAUCCAGUGGCCAGCUUUGGGCUCGGUCGGCGUAUCUGUCCUGGCCGCUGGUUCAGCGAGGCAUCUUUCUACAGCAUAGCAUCCCACUUGCUAGCCACAUUCACUAUUCUGGAUGAAGAUGCCGAUACCAAGGACUUGCGGACGGCGAGGGGUAUGACAUCAGAAGUAAUCUCGUGA